GACAUCUGCGACGUCAAGAAGGAUGGCGUUCGCUUGCUUUUUGAGGAGCAGCAUGAUGUGGCACGAUUGCAGCUUUUCGCCACUGGUUGUGCUUGGCGAUCUUUGAACGUAGAGGUCAUGCAAGAGUACUACGCUGCCGUUCAAAAGGGUUUGCAAAGCAAAAAGGCAGGCAGAAAAGCUACUUCCGAAGUCGCCAAGAUCAAUUCUGUUGAGGAUUCAAGCAAGAAGAUCAAAGAGCGUGAAGACAGCAUCGGACGCAUCAUCCGUGGAGAAAUUCGUCCUCCAAAUUCUCCUCGUGUGAAGAGACGAAAACACGGCAAGCGUGCGCAGGAGGAGGUUGAGGACGAGCCGUCGGCUGACAUU